UUCAAACACAUGACGACAGGGCGCAACGACCUAGGGAGUCCACCUCACCCAUGAUGCUCUGCUAACCAUGUGUCCCACCCGCGGGUGGUCCCUUUUGGAGAUUUUGAUACCGCUCCAACUAAACCCUAAAUACUGAAACCCUAAAAUCGCAGCCGAGAUCGCCGGAAACACAAUCAGAUCUCUGCUAAUCGCGACGGAUACGACCAUGAGUCCCACCUCCAUCCUUCGUCUCUCCCAAUUCCUCGCCGCGAUCCUCUUCUUCCAUGGAUCCGAGUACGCCCUUGCGGUUUUCUUCCACGGCCGAUCCAACGUCGCCCUCAGCUCGCUUUUGAUCAGUAAGCAGUAUGGGAUCGCCAUGGCUUGCGCUUUGUUGGAGUACUUGUCAGAGGCGGUUCUGUUUCCAGGAUUGAAGGAGCACUGGUGGAUCAGUGGCAUUGGUGUUUUGAUGAUUUCAUUUGGUGAGAUCGUUAGGAAAGCUGCUAUUGUGACGGCUCGUCGAUCCUUCACGCAUAAUAUUAGAGUGUACUAUGAUCAAGAUCAUCAGUUGAUUACUCAUGGAAUUUAUAGAUACAUGCGUCAUCCAAGCUAUUGUGGCUUUUUCAUCUGGGCAAUUGGAACCCAGGUUAUGCUCUGCAACCCUCUCUGCACUAUUGCAUUUGCUGCGGUCACUUGGAGAUUCUUCUCUAGUCGCAUACCUAGAUAUGAAGAGUUUUUCUUGAGGCAAUUUUUUGGGCCCCAGUAUAUUGAAUAUGCACGGCGUGUUCCUUCAGGUCUUCCUUUCAUAAAAUGCAGAUAUGCCUAUUUUCAAGUAAAGAGAAAUUUGUUGGUCUCACUAAAUUACAUAAGCUGGCUCUCCAGAGGACUGCAAAGCACACAGCAAAAGUCUAAUUUAUCCAUGGAGCUAUAACAGAACGGAUGAAAACAACUAGAGAAUAAUCAGAGAUUAAGCUUUAUAUUUGGCGACCUGAGAAUGGAAAUGAGAUGAACUUGAGCAUCUUAAAUUAGGUUUUUAAUCUUCUAUUUCCUCACCAUUGUCAGAGGUUAAUCCACUUUAGUGCUGAAAUUGAUGCUUGAGUCUAGGCCCAGGUCUAAUCUUGCUUAUAUUGGAAAUGUUGCUAUCUGUCAGAAUUUUCUUGUAUAUUCCUAUUAGCCAUCUGUAUUGAGGGCGUUGUUAAUAAUGUUUUUAAAAAUCUACGACGCCUUUGUUCGAAACACAAAACAUGAACCAGUUUGUGAGUAAGAAUUUGUGAUCCAGUCCCCUAUCCCUUUGCCAAAGGGAUAGGACUUGUAAUUGUAAGAGCGGUCAUGGUUUUCUCCUAA